UUUCUCCAUUAGUUAGCAAUUUGCAACUUCCGACUUCAGAAGGCAGGGAAAAAAAAUCUGAGAGGAAUACAAUAUGAUUAUGGUUUUGUGUUUUGGUUAUAUAUGAUUAAUUAUGUGCAUCAACUGUCCUUGGUUUUUGCAAGCUUUAAGAAUGGAACAAUCCUGUUGUUAGUCUUGUGACAUCUCUAUGAUCAUGUCAGAUGAGAGAAACUUUAGAACAUACUAUUAUGACAAGUUUGGAAUUGGUGGAGUGGAGGAAAAGAAAUCUUUGGAAAUUCUACUGAAAGAGAAACCAAUCAGUGUGGAAAAACUAAAGCAGUUCUGCUUGCGAUUUGCGAUGCCAGCAAUGUAUCGUAACUAUGUAUGGAAAUUGAUAUUGGAUAUAAUUUGUGCAAAUCCAGACUCUCAUGAUUUUCAAAUGAAACAACGCACACAGAAAUAUAAUGACUUGAAACAUGCUGUGCAGAUAUUGCGAUAUGCUAGAGAAGAUUCGCCAAUAGGGAAUGUUUUUCUCAAAAUGUACCUUCUUGAAUCAGGACAGAUCAAAUUUGAACAAUAUAAGUAUGAUUGUGAGUUUGAAGACUUUGUCUUAAUAGCAGCUACAAUGGCAAAUAUCUGUGAAGACAUGACAGAUGCUUACCUUGUCUCUGUAGAAUUUUACAAAAUGUUUAAAAAGUCCAAGGACAGUAAUGAAAUUCUGGUUCAGAAAACAUCUCAAUGCUUAAAGUCUGAGGAUGGAGAUAGAAAGCUGUUUGACCUCUUCCACAAACAUGACCUUUGGAAUUCUCUGCCCCUGCACUUGUGGUUUGAGAGCUGUUUUGCCGGUGUGCUUCCCGAGACUUCCAUAGAAAGGAUCUGGGAUAAGGUGAUAGGAGGAGCCCAUGGUGUAGUUGUGUUUGUAGCAGUUGCCAUUUUUCAGACUUUUAAGCGCCCUCUGUUAAGCAUGAAAAGUAAAGAUGAAAUGGUUCAAUAUUUGAUGGAGCUACCAGAAGACUGUGGUGACAUUAUUGUGACUAAAGCCUUAGAUAUAUGGAGCAAACACUCCUAGUGCAGAGAGAGAGAGAGAGAGAGAGAGAGAGAGAGAGAGAGAUGUUAAUUUAUGAUGUUAUAGAAAUGUGUAUGUUUAUGAUACACAAUGGACCCUUUAAUUACUAAUAAUGUUGUUGAACAUUGACACUGAAUUUUGUUGUAAAGGAUGCGAAAAUUAAUUGUAAUAAAAAUGUGUUAGAAAUA